AUUCCCAUUCACACAUUGUGUACUGGCCGAGCACAGACACCAAGACGCCCAAGGCAGUAAGUAGCAGCGUCAGCCUAACGCAAUGGAGGUGCUGUCGAUCAAUGCGACGUCUUUGAGGCGUUCGACUCUUUCGUCCCGAGGCGCCUCGCGGAGCUCCACGGUGCGCAGUCUGAACACCCAGUUCAAGAUGGACGAAGAGUACUCAUCAGGCAACAACAACCACGCGCAACCUCAAUUGCACCCUGUGAUCACAAGCACCAAAGCCACGCGAUGCUGUCGUCCAAAGGAGUGGAGCCCCGAGGCGGAGGAGGCGUUCCGCGUGCAGCAGACCGGAUGGCGCGACAUCAAGGAGUAUAUGGAGACGUACGGCGAGCCGGAGCGCUGGCACAAUGGCUUCAUUCGCUGCACUCGCGUCAAGGCCAACGGCUACUACACCUACUGGCGCCCACACCGUGAGUGCGAUGACAAGUACCUGUACACCGUCAAGCUCUUCGAGUAUGCCUAGAGAUGCGCCUUGUGCCAAACUGCAGGAACUGUAUUAACCCGCGUCAAUAAAAUCAAUUGAACCGCCUUG